AUGCAUAUAGCACACAGGAAGAUCAAACAAUUGGCACGUUCUACGGAGAACGAAUGGUAUCGCAAUAGCAUGUAUUCCGUGUCUUUAUUAGUGAAUGCGCGAACAUUACACAAAUUUGUCACUAUUCUGGAAGAUACAGUUGUAUGUCUAUCUUGUAAGAAGCAAACUAAAAUGUGUUUGGUCUCGUUCCGUAAACAUUCAGGGCGUUUGAACCACAUGGAGAAAGAAUCUAAUAUAAAUCUUAAGGAUUUUGAAACAGAGAAGGAAAGUGUGACUAAGCAAAACCAAGAAGAUGACAUUGAGAAUGAGACAAAACCUGGAAACCCCUUAGUUGACUAUUUCGAGACGAAGUUAAGUGACAUAGAGAAACGUGUUGAGAAAGAUAGUAUGCAGGCACCCGAUGCAUUAGCAGAUAAUAGAAGCUACUCCCCGCAAUUCUUGACAUUUAUCAAAAAGUACCUCACAGAAAUGCCAUUAUGGUCAGGCGUAUUAUUAGGAAGAUUGGAUCGAUACAGAAAAGAUCCUUGUACAACUAAAGAAAGGGAAGUUAAUAAUUUUCUAUCAUUUUCAUCCGCUAACACUAAAUCAGAAGGUUAUAUAGAAGGUGCAAUGAGAAAUCUUAAACAAGAAGACUUUAGCGGAAGAAAACGUCUUAGAGCAGAUACUUUCGUUCAUGAAAAUUACUCACGAAUAAGAAGACGUUUACGUGACUAUGGUGAUAGAUUACACAGUCGUCUUAAGCCCAAAAGAAAGAGAGCGUACAAGAAGAAGGAAAGAAGGAAGAUAGCGACGGCAAUCUUUCCAGCACAGUUGAAAGCAUCAGUUCACGGAAGAAAACUAUCAUGAUGCCCAAGAAAAAUGGGGUAAGAAAGAUCCAGAAACUCCAAAACAUAAUCCAAGACUUGGGCAAUUCCAACAAUCUCCAAAGAUACCGUUGAGUAGUAAACCAGACUUUAAAAAGGGAAAGUCUAAAAGAAAGAUUCAUCCAUCAUGUUCUGAAACACAUAGAAAACCUAAUCAAAGAGUGAACGCAUGUAGUUAUGAUGAACAGAAACCUGACAAAAUGCCUUCUAAAAUUAAUACGGGUGUGUCAUCAGAGCAGGAAAAUGCAAGCAGAGGAGUAAAAUGUGCUCCUAAACCUGUUCUCAAAAAUGAAGGUCCAGCUAAAUCCAGAUUAACAAGGAAGGAGAAAACCGAAAAUGGGAAAAAAUGGACAGAGUGUAUAUACAUACACGACGGAGAUGAAGAAGAUAAUGCUGAGAGGGAUAUUAGUACAAAACGUAAUCUUUCCAGCACGGAUGAAAGCAUCAAUUCACGAAAUGAAAACAGUCAUGAUGCCGAAGAAAAAUUGGGUAAGAAAGAUCCAGGAAUGCCAAAACAGAAUCCAAUAGUUGGACAAUUCCAACAAUUCCCAACGAUACCGUUGAGCACUAAACCAGACUUUGAAAAGAUUAAGUCGAAAAGAAGUGUUCAUCCAGCUGGUUCCGAAUCACAUAUAAAAAAAACAAAAAAAGUGAACGCAUGUAGUUAUAAUGAACAGAAACCUGGAAAAAUGUCUUCUAAGAUGAAUACUAGUGUGUCAUCAGAGCAGGAAAAUGCAAGCAGAGUGGUAAAUUGUACUCGUAAAACUGUUCUCAAAAGUAAAGGUCCACCUAAAUCAAGAUUGACAAGGAGGGAGAGAAUCGAAAAUAGGAAGAAAUGUACUGAGUGGAUAUACAAACACGACGGAGAUGAAGAAGAUAAUGAUAGGAGAGACAUUAAUACAAAACGUAAAAGUUCCACUCAAUCCUCGAUUAAAUCAAAAAGAAAAAAGCUUAACAAAUUAAUAAACAGUUUUGAUGAUGAAGAUGAUUAUCUAGAAAAGUUCGUGGGAUUGUGA